UGUUAACUCGGAUGAGUUGUCGUCUGCAUAGAUGUGCGGGAAAACAAAAUUGUGUUUCCGGAGGUCACUGUUUAUGGACAAAUUUAGCGUACCUGGCGAUAUUUCAAACUUUCAUUAAUUCUGGAAGGCUAAAGAAGAGAAUAACAAGUGGAUAAAGCUGCUAAAGAAAAUGGCAAGAGGUGGCCCAAAUUUGGAGGCCAUGAAGAAUCUGGAUCUGAACCAGUUUCUGGACAAAGAUAUUGACCUUACUCAGUUCUUCAGUCAACAGGAGCUGGAUGAUAUGGGAAUUCAUCAGCAAACAAGACUGAAAAACAUUGCACAGAAUUAUGAGAUUAUGCUCUAUAUGGGUUUGCCUGCAAUUAAACCCGACUUCAUGAAAGGUUGUUCUAAUAGAGCCAAGGAACUGAAAAGAAGGAACCAGGUCAGCCAUACUACCACUCUACCUACUAAGAAUAAAAUCACAUGUUCUGAUUCUGACAGUGAUGAAACUUGGACUCCAGAUUUAGAAAGAAAGAAAAGAGCUAAAGAAAAUAAGGUUUAUCCUACUUUCUCAGCACCAAGAAAGCGAAAAUGUAAAGUUGAUGAUAUAAGAGAGAAAAAAACCAAGGUCUUGAAGAAAUCUAGUGACAGUACAAAGAAAAGGGUAUAUGAAUUUAGAGAAAGAAAAGCAGUGAAUUUCAUGCAUCUUGAAGCUCCAGAUGAUGACCAUUUUCUGUACUGUGAGGAUUGUAACAAAGAGUAUGACAUGGAUUGUCCUAUACAUGGACCAUUGCAGUAUAUUAGAGAUACAGUGGUUAGCCUAGAAUAUGAUGAAGAUAGAGCUUUACAUACAUUGCCUCCAGGUUUGGUUGUUAAGCCAUCUAGUAUUAUUGGGGCUGGUUUAGGCGUGUUUACUGAGAGAGAAAUUCCACCUCGUGUCAUGUUUGGACCAUAUGGAGGUGUUGAGAUACACGAUGAGAUGACAGCUCAUGACUCUGGCUACUGUUGGCAGAUUUAUGCAAAUGGCAAACCGAGCCAUUUUGUGGAUGCUAGAGAUAAAGUAACUUCAAACUGGAUGAGAUAUGUGAAUUGUGCACCCAGUGAAUCUGAACAAAAUCUUGUAGCAUUUCAGUUCAAGGGCAAUAUUUAUUAUCGGUCAUACAAAACCAUAUUCCCUGGAACUGAACUGCUUUGCUGGUAUGGCAAUGAAUAUGGGAGGGAACUUGGACUUGUGCGAGAUAAAAACCUACUAAUUAGACCUAAACUUGUAAAUGGACAAGAGUGCUUUUCCUGUGUGUUUUGUAAGACAUCAUUUACCACUGCAGUUUAUAAUGUUAGACAUCUCCUUCGCAUGCAUGGUAAAAACAAACUUUCUCAAACUGAUAUUCAAGUGCUUGAUGCAUGGCUACGAAGAAAUGAUGCAGAGAGAUAUUCUAAAGAAAGAAAAAUAAAACGUUAUAUGAGUGUUAAAAAUCACUCUGGACAACCUACAAAACCAAAUCAAAAUUUUCAGCAAGUAGGUCAAGAUACACAUCAAAAUGCUGAAGAAAAAUUGUGGAAGGAAAAUAAUCUUUAUUGCACAGAUAGUAAAAGUGCAGUAUAUAAAAGUAAACAUGAGGGAGAGAAACGUUAUAUAUGUGGUGUUUGUGAUUAUGCAAGUAGUAAUAGUGGUAACCUAAAGGCACAUAAGAGAAUACAUACAGGAGAGAAACGUUAUAAAUGUGAUGUUUGUGAUUAUGCAAGUAAUACAAAUAGUAACCUAAAGGCACAUAAGAGAAUACAUACAGGAGAUAAAUGUUUUAAAUGUGAUGUUUGUGAUUAUGCAAGUACUCAAAGUAGUGCUCUAAAGACACAUAAGAGAAUACAUACAGGAGAGAAAUGUUUUAAAUGUGAUGUUUGUGAUUAUGCAAGUAAUUUUAGUUGUGCUGUAACGAGACAUAAGAGAAUACAUACAGGAGAGAAAUGUUUUAAAUGUGAUGUUUGUGAUUAUGCAAGUAGUGAUAGUAGUCACAUAAAGACACAUAUUAAGAGAAUACAUACAGCAGAGAAAUGUUAUAAAUGCGAUAUUUGUGAUUAUGCAAGUAAUGACAGUGGUAAUCUAAAGGCACAUAAGAGAAAACAUACAGGAGAGAAUUGUUUUAAAUGUGAUGUUUGUGAUUAUGCAAGUAAUUAUAGUUGUGCUCUAAAGACACAUAAGAGAAUACAUACAGGAGAGAAAUGUUUUAAAUGUGAUGUUUGUGAUUAUGCAAGUAGUGAUAGUAGUCACAUAAAGACACAUAUUAAGAGAAUACAUACAGCAGAGAAAUGUUAUAAAUGCGAUAUUUGUGAUUAUGCAAGUAAUGACAGUGGUAAUCUAAAGGCACAUAAGAGAAAACAUACAGGAGAGAAUUGUUUUAAAUGUGAUGUUUGUGAUUAUGCAUGUAAUCAAAGUGGUAAUUUAAAGAGACAUAAGAGAAUACAUACAGGAGAGAAAUGUUUUAAAUGUGAUGUUUGUGAUUAUGCAAGUAAUGACAGUAGUGCUCUAAAGACACAUAAGAAAAAACAUACAGAGAAAUACUAUAGAUAAAAUAGAAUAAGUUUAGAAUGUGAUUUUUCAAUGAAUAACCUUAAAAUAUUGAAUGAAUUUUUGUUUGAUGUUGUUGUUGUUGUUGUUUGGUGUGUAUUCACAAAAAGUGCCAAAUGUAGACUACCUCAUGUUUUAGAACACUUUUAAUUAGUCAUUGAAAAUAAUGAAUAUCGAAUAAUUUCAUGUCUUUAGUUAUGUACACAUUCACUUCUCAACAUUAAUUUUGUGUGCAUGCAUGCUAAUAGUUACAGUAACACAAAGAAAAUAAUUCAGAUUUCAGUAAGUAUACCAAUGCUAUCAGAUUGGAUAUGUUCCAACUAAGAAAAUAAGUACCUAAUAUGGGUGUGUUUUGUCCAGAAAUAAAAAAAAUUAAAAGCUAUUUGUCAUUGUAGGGCAUUUUGAGAAUUUGAAAAUGAUUCUUUCAAAAAACACUUUUUCCAAAAUUUCACUUUGAAACCACCUCUAUUAGAUGGGAAAUGUUCUAACUAAGAAAAUGAGUACCAACAUGUGUGUAUUUUGUCCAAAAAAUAAAAAGUUAAUGCUAUUAUUCUCUCUUAUCAAUGUAAUGCACUUAAACAUUUUGUAAAAAAAAUAUUACAACAUGGUUCAUUGAUAAAUUGGCAUCAGGUGGUGAUAUUGAAGGUGUUAGUUUGCAAUUGGUAAAAUUACAAGUCUGUACGACUUUAUUAAAACAAAUGUCAUAUCUUUUAAAAGUAAAACAAAGGUAAUAUUUUAAAAUGAAUCUGCUUUGUUAUGCUGUUGGUCUAAAAGCUACUGGUUUUUGAAUUUUACAACCUGUUUUGGACUAAAAAAACAACCAAAUGCAGUUAACAGAUUAAUGUGACACCCUUGAUAAACAUGUAUAUUAAAAUUAUAUUAUACAUAGGUGCUACAUAUGUUUUUAAAAAAAGUCAAGUAAUUAACAUAUUCAUUUAUAUUUAAUACCCUAAUAUAAUAUUACAAACAUGGAAUGUGCAAAUCUUUUCAAUAAUUUUUUGGUUCAAUUGAAUUUUAACAUUAUCGAAGAAAUAGAAAUUCCUUAUUUUUUGGGUUGAAACUAUCUCUAAAAUAAAUAUUUCUAUUUUUUUGUUAAAACCAAUAAAUGGUCAGAAAUACUUAAAAGAAACAGAGUGUUAAAGUUUAAGAAAGAGUUUGAUAAAUUUUGCAUACAUUUUUAUUUGGUCCCCAUAAAAAUGGAGACUAAAGCUGUAAUCUGUAUAUAUAAAGCUCAUGAUACACAGUGUUUUUAGCUCGACUAUUUGAUAAGAAUAAGUAGAGCUAUUGAAGUAACCCGAGCGUCAGAAUAACCACUUUAUGUUAAAGUUUUUGUAAUACCUGACCUCAAAUAUUUUCAAAGUCCAUUGACAUAUGGCUUUUAAACUUUGGACACUUGUUCACAGUCAUGACCCCAACCUCUAGACAGGAGGAGGUAGCUGUAUCAAGCAUUUUGACAGAAUUAUGCCCCUUUUUGGACUUAGAAUUUACGUUAAAGUUUUUGUAAUACAGUAGAACUUCGGUAAGUCGAAGUUGAAGGGACUUGCGUAAAAACUUCGACACAUCGGGACUUCGACUCAUGAAUCGCGCUCAAUUCCAUGACAAAAUUUCAACCCGUGACUAGUCCUAAUUAUAAGAUCUAUAACGUAACCUAUUUCAUGUUUUUCCAUCAUUAAUCUGAUAUUUACAUUUUAUAAUGAUAAAUAUAGCAUGUUAAAUGACGUUUUUCACGGCUAAUUAUUUGGACUACCCGUUGACAUAUACAAAAGAGUUACAAAAGGCGUAUUUAUACGAAAGGGUGAUAACUUAACUUAGCUUAUAGUAAAUAUUUCGCGUGUUAUUCUCACGCGACACCGGGUCAAGGAUGUUUUCAAAUGAAAGAAGUUCUAACUGUUUACUUUCAAAUACCACUACGGUAAUUAAAAUAGUUACGAUUAAAGCAUUUUAUCACACAUUUUAUCGCAAACAAAGGCUGUUUGAACACACGGCUGUGUAAUUAACACCUAUCACACAAGUUGUUGGAAAUCGUCUUCGUAGCCAGAUAAGGUGUGAAAAAUGUCUCGAGAUCAAAGUUGUCAAAAAAUACGACUUCGACUUAUUUGUGGUAAAUUGCACUAGAUUUACUUUAUACGGACCACGAAAAAACCUCGACACAUCGAAAAAUUCGACACAUAAAAUUUCGACUCAUAAAUAGGUUUUUAUAAGGAAUAUAUAGGGGGAAAGUCGGGACUUUCAUUUUUCUUCGACACAUCGAGAAAAUCGACUAAUCGAAGUUCGAUUCAUAG